AUGGAGUGGGUUGGCAUGGUGAUACCAUAGCCGUAUAUUCAUAGCCAGAUAUUCUAAAUGGAGUGGGUUGGCAUGGUGAUACCAUAGCCGUAUAUUCUAAUGGAAUAAUAAUAAUAUGCCAUUUAGCAGACGCUUUUAUCCAAAGCGACUUACAGUCAUGUGCGCAUACAUUUUUACGUAUGGGUGGUCCCGGGGAUCGAACCCACUACCCUGGCGUUACAAGCGCCAUGCUCUACCAAUUGAGCUACAGAGGACCACAUUGAGCUACAGAGGACCACAUUGAGCUACAGAGGACCGUAUAUUCUAAAUGGGGUGGGUUGGCAUGGUGAUACCAUAGCCGUAUAUAUUCUAAAUGGAGUGGGUUGGCAUGGUGAUACCAUAGCCGUAUAUUCUAAAUGGAGUGGGUUGGUAUGGUGAUACCAUAGCCGUAUAUUCUAAAUGGAGUGGGUUGGCAUGGUGGUACCAUAGCCAGAUAUUCUAAAUGGAGUGGGUUGGCAUGGUGAUACCAUAGCCGUAUAUUCUAAAUGGAGUGGGUUGGCAUGGUGAUACCAUAGCGUUCAAGGAGUGGGUUGGCAUGGUGAUACCAUAGCCCUAUUCUAAAUGGAGUGGGUUGGCAUGGUGAUACCAUAGCCCUAUAUUCUAAAUGGAGUGGGUUGGCAUGGUGAUACCAUAGACCGUAUAUUCUAAAUGGAGUGGGUGUUGGCAUGGGUGAUCCAUAGCUUAUUCUAAAUGGAGUGGUUGGCAUGGUGAUACCAUAGCCGUAUAUUCUAAAUGGAGUGGGUUGGCAUGGUGAUCAUAGCCCUAUAUUCAUGGAGUGGCAUGGUGAUACCAUAGCCUAUAUUCUAAUGGAGUGGGUUGGCAUGGUGAUACCAUAGCCCUAUAUUCUAAAUGGAGUGGGUUGGCAUGGUGAUACCAUAGCCCUAAUUCUAAUGGAGUGGGUGGCAUGGUGAUACCAUGUCGUAUUUCUAAAUGGAGUGGGUUGGCAUGGUGAUACAUAGCCGUAUUCUAAGGAGUGGAUGCAUGUCAUGCGUUAUUCUAAAUGGAGUGGGUUGGCAUGGUGAUACCAUAGCCGUAUAUUCUAAAUGGAGUGGGUUGGCAUGGUGAUACCAUAGCCCUAUAUUCUAAAUGGAGUGGGUUGGCAUGGUGAUACCAUAGCCGUAUAUUCUAAAUGGAGUGGGUUGGCAUGGUGAUACCAUAGCCCUAUAUUCUAAAUGGGGUGGGUUGGCAUGGUGAUAGGUAAAUCAAUCUGCCUAUGUUAGGCUGUGUAUGUUCUUUUGUCUCGACUGAAUUUAGAAACUAUAUAUUCAAUAAAUAAGUAUGCCAAAUCGGUUGAGAAGUCCAAUCUUUUGCUCAUGCUCUGUUGGCAGUACAGUAGAACUCAUGAAUGUAGAGUACAGUAGACUGACUCCUAAAUGGUUGUAGCUCACAGACUAGUUAAUCUUGGUUGGCACCCAGAUCUAAAUCUCACACUUUUUAAAAUUGUUUUUGGGUGGAGUUUUCCUUUAACUAUAUUUUGGUACACUAUUUGUUUCAUUAGUCCAUUGUUGACAUAGUCCCAAAAUGUUUUGUCAUACGGGAUGAUUUCUGUAUUUUGAAAGUUACAGAUCUUGAAAACUUGAUUGCUGACAAGCAAAACAGUUUUCCUUUAAGUCUGUCAGGAGACUACAGUCUGAUACAGUCUGCCUCUAUUCUACUUUCUUUGUCUUCUUUCUUUAUGGGCUUUUAUUGCUGAUGUAAUUGAUAAUAACCACUUUUCUGCUUUCUUCUUUUAUUUUAUCACAGUGAGUGCACCAGUAAUUCCAAAAAUGGAAUGGAGACACACUGGGAGGAUCUUGCCUUUUUGGAUUCUAGAAUGAUUUGAGAUCCGACGGUUCUGGGAAGUUGGUGAUUCUCUGCUCUCUUGGUGUUUUCUCUUCUUUUACCUGCCUGGUUGGAGUGUGAAGACGUGGAUGUCAUAUUAUAGUCUAGUCUGAACCACACCCAUCCUGAGGACUGAGGUAAGCAAACACAACCUACCUGGCAUGCUGCUACCUCCUACCUUCCUGGGUUUGCCUGUUUGUGUGUCUAUAGACACUCUGGAUUGGAUUGGUUUUCCUUGUGUGUGUGUGUGUGUGUGUGUACUGUAGUCUCAAAGACUGCUUGUCAGCACUUUGUGUGUGUCUGCCUGUCUGUCUGUGACUCUGCUCUCUGUCUGCAUUAUCAUCUCCUCGCCUCCUCUCCAUCUCAUGGUCGGCCCUUCACCAACUACAGACCCUCCUGUCCUGUCCCGUCCAGGUUCCAGUCAACAUGAUGGAGCCCCUGGUGGACCGGCCCGGGCCCCAGAUUGGAAGGUCCUCUCUGGGGGAGAGACUGGCCUCCUGCUGCUCCUACAGAACCCUCCAGGCCUGGCUCCCCAUCCUCACCUGGCUACCCAAGUAGGUGUCCCACCCUCAUCUCUUUCUCUGGUGAUGAGGGACAAAUAAUAAUAUAAUAAUAAGCCAUUUAGCAGAUGCUUUUAUCCAAAGCGACUUAGUCAUGUGUGCAUACAUUUUUUUACGUAUGGGUGGUCCCAGGGAUCGAACCCACUACCCGGGCGUUACAAGAGCCGUGCUCUACCAAUUGAGCUACAGAGGACAAAGGCUGCCCAGCUAGCACAUAACGUUCUGAGAACCAUGUUUCUUAGGUGAAAAUGUCAGUACUUCAGCAUUACGUUUUCUACAGGUUUCCUCAUGGAUCUAUUUAAUGUCAUGUUCUCAGAACGUUCCGAGAACAUAAAGAAACAACGUUCUUCUGUGAGAAUUUCAGUACUUCAGCAUAAUGUUUUCUGCAGGUUUCCUCAUGGUUCUAUUUGAAGUCAUGUUCUCAGAACAUUAAGAAAACCUUCUAUAAUAACCACAAGAAAACAUUAGUAAAGUUCAAAGAACGUUCUAAGAAUGUUAUUUAACCUCUACGGGAUCGGUGUCCCGUAUACGGGACGGUUGAGCUAACUUGCGCUUAUGUGAUUAGCAUGACUGUUGUAAGUAACAGCAAACUUUCCAGGACAUAGACAUGUCUUAUGUGGGCAGAAAGCUUAAAUUCUUGUUAAUCUAACUGCACUGUCCAAUUUACAGUAGCUAUUAGAGUGAAAAAAUACCAUGCUAUUGUUUGAGGAGAGUGCACAACAACAAAAAACGUAUCACGGCAACUGGUUUGAUACAUUCACCUCUGAAGGUAAAUAAUGUACUUACAUUCAGUAAUCUUGCUCUGAUUUGUCAUCCUAAGGGUCCCAGAGAUAAGAUGUAGCAUAGUUUUGUUUGAUUAAAUCAAUUUUUAUAUUCAAAUGUAGGAACUGGGUUCUACAGUUUGAACCCCUGGUGUCUCUGGCUCCACACCCACCCUGCCCGGCCAUCUAGAUGUGUGAAAGUUAGUGUAUAAGCAAAUUAUCCAUCAUGUAUGACAUUCCUGGGAGUGUGUAAACGUACAUUUUGUAUUACCAUAUCAUUGUUGUAUGUUCGCUAUAGUUAUGUACUUGAAAAUGUAUCAAUUGACCAAUUCGGCACAUUUGGGCAGAAUUAAUACAAAAUAGUCCAGUAUUGCAAUGCUUCACUGGAUCAAUCUGAAACUUUGCGCACACUCUGCUGCCAUCUAGUGGCAUUGCGCCUAAACUGCAAUAUUAUAUUGUGGUCUUUCUCUUGCAUUUCAAAGAUGAAGGAACAAAAAAUAAUAACAGAAAACACGUUUUUUUGUUUGUAUGAUCUUUUACCAGAUCUAAUGUGUUAUAUUCUCCUACAUUAAUUUCAAAUUUCCACAAACUUCAAAGUGUUUCCUUUCAAAUGGUAUCAAGAAUAUGCAUAUCCUUGCUUCAGGUCCUGAGCUACAGGCCGUUAGAUUUGGGUAUGUCAUUUUAGACGAAAAUUGAAAAAAAGGGUCCGAUCCUUAAGAGUUAAAAAACAUAUACAUUCCAUUCUCAGCGUCAACAAAACUCUCUAUCCUUUAUCUUGUUGCGUGUGUUCAGUUGUGUUGGCCGCGCCCACUAAUUGGCCACACUUGAUCUUAAUGAGUGGUUGAUUACUUUGAUAUGGGGUCUGUUUGAAUAUACUAAAAUGAACAGCUUUGUAUGAGUUAAAACAACAUGGCAUGCUAGCUCCAUCCUGGUGGUGCAGUGGACUAAUUCCAUGGAUAGAGAACAGAAUAUCAUAGAUUCGAAUCUCACUGAUGCCUUGCCACAAUAAAAAAUAAAUGUGUUUGCAUGAUUGAUGCCUAAGCAGAUGAAUUUCCAUGGCCUAUCUGUGCUUGGAGUUCAAAACAGUUAACCCAAACUAAGCUAGCAGUGUUAUUAAAAGUCUUUGAAACAUGUUCUCAGAACGUUAUUUAUUAACCUUCAAAUAACCAAUACUUUUCGUUAUCAGAACGUUAAUAAAACCUCAAAGAAAACUUUCAGGGAACCAUAGUAAAACGUUCUCAGAAUCCUCCUGCAACCAAAAAAUGAAUGUUCCCAGAACAGGCUAAAUUUUCACUUCCAUUCUCAGAACUUUAAAAAAACCAAAUGUGCUAGUUGGGUACACACCAAAUUGCACCCUAUUCCCUAUGUAGUGAACUACUUUUGACCAGGUCCCAGGGCUAUAGGGUGCCAUUUGUGGACGCAGCCUCUGUCUCUGUCUCUGUCUCUCUCUUUCUCUCUCCCGUAUCCCCCCCCCCCCUCACCCACUGACUGGGUUAGCCCACCAAGCUAAAUCCUUGGGGAGCUAACACAAGUAUUUCUGUAUUUUCUCCACCUCCAGGUACAGGCUGAGCUGGCUCCAGAUGGACCUGAUAGCAGGUCUCACCGUGGGACUAACCACCGUACCACAGGCCCUGGCUUAUGCUGAGGUGGCCGGCCUACCUGUACAGGUGAGAGGGAGGGGCCGGGGGCGGGGUUUAUCUGUACAGGUGAGAGGGAGCGGCCAGGAGUGGGGGUUUAUCUGUACAGGUGAGAGGGAGGGGCCGGGGGCGGGGUUUAUUUGUACAGUUGAGAGGGAAGGGCUGGGGGCGGGGUUUAUCUGUACAGUUGAGAGGGAAGGGCUGGGGGCGGGGUUUAUCUGUGCAGUUGAGAGGGAGACGUCAGGGUUAAAUAGUUAGGCCUACCUGUACCGGUGAGUGGUAGUAGAAGUACCAGCUAUAUCUCUUGGACAAGGCCUCUCUAGCCAGAAGGCAUAGGAUCCCAUUUUAGUGUUGUAUUGCUAUACCUUUGACACACGUACGUUGUUUCAUUUUCCAUCCCCUCACAGUAAGCAUAGUUGAGUGUUGAACAUGUUAUCAGAUCCUAUACAGUAGCUUUAUAGACCUCAGGCUGCAUCCCAAAUGGCACCCUAUUCCCUAUAUAGUGUACUACUUUUGACCGCAGCCCUAUGGGGGAAUAGUUUAGGGAAUAGGGUGUCAUUUGGGACACAGUUAAUAGGCCUGAGUGUCUAUAGACCAUAGUCAUCAAUCCUCUCAUGUUUCAGUACACUACAGCCUUACCAAGGGGAUUAUAUGACCUUACACUCUUCUCCGUCCAUUUUCUCCUACAAACCCCCUCACUUCUCCUCUACUCUCUUUCUUUUUGUCUCCUAUCCAUCACUCUCUCUCUCUCUCUCUCUCUCUCUCUCUCUCUCUCUCUCUCUCUCUCUCUCUCUCUCUCUCUCUCUCUCUCUCUCUCUUUCCUCCUCCUCUCUCUCUCUCUCUCUCUCUCUCUCUCUCUCUCUCUCUCUCUCUCUCUCUCUCCUUUUAAAUCAAAUUAUCCCCCUCUUUACAGUACGGCCUGUACUCAGCCUUCAUGGGUGGGUUCAUCUAUACGGUGCUGGGAACCUCCAAGGAUGUAACCCUGGGUCCUACUGCCAUCAUGUCCCUGCUGUGUGCCUCCUACGUGGGGGGAGACCCGGUCCGAGCCGUCCUCCUCAGCCUGCUCUGUGGAACCAUACAGACCGCCAUGGCUCUACUACGUUUGGGUAGGGGAGAAAUAAUAGUUCAAGUCGUAGAUUGUUUUCAUAGUUAUGGUUCUAGAUCACUUCUGUUUCUAGAUCACCCUCAUAGUUCUGGGUCUAGAUCAACCUCAUAGUUCUGGGUCUAGAUCAACCUCAUAGUUCUGGGUCUAGAUCAACCUCAUAGUUCUGGUUCUAGAUCACCCUCAUAGUUCAGGUUCUAGAUCACCCUCACAGUUCUGGUUCUAGAUCACCCUCAUAGUUCUGGUUUGACAUCACCCUCGUAAUCCUGGUUCUAGAUCACCCUUGUAGUUCUGGUUCUAGAUCACCCUCAUAGUUCUGGUUCUAGAUCACCCUCAUAGUUCAUAGUUCUGGUUGUAGAUCAUUCUUAUUGUUCUGGUUCUAGAUCAUCCUCAUAGUUCUGGUUCCAGAUCAUCCUCAUAGUUCUGGUUCCAGAUCAUCCUCAUAGUUCUGGUUCUAGAUCAUCCUCAUAGUUCUGGUUCUAGAUCACUCAUAGUUUUGGUUUUAGAUCACUCAUAGUGUUGGUUCUAGAUCACCCUUAUAGUUCUGGUUCUAGAUCACCCUUAUAGUUCUGGUUCUAGAUCAUCCUCAAAGUUCUGUUUCUCGAUCAUCCUCAUAGUUCUGGUUCUAGAUCAUUUCUGGUUCUAAAUCCCCAUUGAUCGUUCUGGUUCUAGAUCACUUUCAUAGUUCUGGUUCUACAGGGUUCCUUCUGGACUUCAUCUCCUUUCCGGUGAUCAAAGGCUUCACCUGUGCUGCCGCGGUAACCAUAGGCUUCGGUCAAGUCAAGGUGAGACACACACACACACACACACUAUCCCUGUGUGAGGACAAUGUUAAUCCAGUGUUGUUGUGUCUCCAGAAUGUGCUGGGACUGAAGGACAUACCUCAUGAGUUCUUCCUGCAAGUCUACUACACCUUCUACAGGAUACCUGAGGCCAGGUAGAGUAGAGGACAGGUCUACUAACCUUCUACAGGAUACCUGAGACCAGGUAGAGUAGAGGACAGGUCUACUAACCUUCUACAGGAUACCUGAGACCAGGUAGAGUAGAGGACAGGUCUACUAACCUUCUACAGGAUACCUGAGGCCAGGUAGAGUAGAGGACAGGUCUACUAACCUUCUACAGGAUACCUGAGGCCAGGUAGAGUAGAGGACAGGUCUACUAACCUUCUACAGGAUACCUGAGACCAGGUAGAGUAGAGGACAGGUCUACUAACCUUCUACAGGAUACCUGAGACCAGGUAGAGUAGGCCUACAGUAGGCUGCACCUGUGUGUGUGUGUGUGUGUGUGUGUGUGUGUAAUAUCGUUGUGAUGUGUGUGUGUGUGUGUGUGUAGGAUAGGAGACGUGGUUCUAGGUCUGCUGUGUCUGUGUCUGUUGGUGAUGUUGACGUGGAUGAAGAGUACCUUAGAACCCCCGUCAGAACAGGACACCACCCUCACCAGGGCCGCUCACGGUCUGGUCUGGAGCAUCGCUACCGGUCAGUACCUGGGUGUGUGUGUGUGUGUGUGUGUGCGUGUGUGUGGAGGGUGUGUGUGUGUGUGUGUGUGUGUGUGUGUGUGUGUGGAGGGGUGUGUGUGUGUGUGUGUGUGGAGGGGUGUGUGUGUGUGUGUGUGUGUGUGGAGGGGUGUGUGUGUGUGUGUGUGUGUGUGUGUGUGGAGGUGUGUGUGUGUAUAAUGUGUGUGUCUCCCCACCUCAGUGCGUAAUGCGUUGGUCGUAGUGGCGGCGUCCUUGGUGGCGUUCUCGUGGAACGCGUUUGGCUCGCCAGUCUUCACCAUCACUGGGAAAACGUCCCAGGGCCUGCCGCCGUUCAGAGCCCCUCCCCUCUCCGAGACCACGCCCAACGGUACCGUCAUCAGCUUCGGAGAGCUCGUAGAUGUGAGUGACAGGGGGGAAAGACCAAUAGGGAUACAGAGUGGGUGAGUGACAGGGGGGACAGACCAAUAGGGAUACAGAGUGGGUGAGUGACAGGGGGACAGACCAAUAGGGAUACAGCGUGGGGUGAGUGACAGGGGGACAGACCAAUAGGGAUACAGAGUGGGGGAAUGACGGGAUGGACCAAUUUGGAUACAGAGUUGACACUGGAGAGUGGGGGAGUGACAGGGGGACAGACCAAUAGGGAUACAGAGUAGGUGAGUGACAGGGGGACAGACCAAUAGGGAUACAGAGUUGGGGAGUGACAGGGGGACAGACCAAUAGGGAUACAGAGUUGACACUGAAGAGUGGGUUUCAACCAAUUAUAUUACGGAAUUUAGUUGUUAUCACCGUUGUGGAGCGUGAGCUGAACCAAUGAUAUUACAGUAUUGAGUUGUAACAGUGUUGAGUUGUCACAGUAUUGAGUUAUCCAAUUAGGUUUCAGUGAAAAGUAACAAGUAGCUAUUACAGCAAAGGUCCCCAGGGCAGUAUGCUAAGACAAUCAGGGAACAGUAAUUAGCCAUUAGAACCCUGCUGUCCAAUCACAUCUCAGAUAUGAGUGAUUGAAAACCCCUUCUGACCAAUCCCGUGGCAGGAUUUUGGAGGAGGGCUGGCUGUCAUCCCCUUCAUGGGACUACUGGAGAGCAUUGCCAUCGCUAAAGCCUUCGGUGAGAGCCUUCGGUGUGUGUGUGUGUUUGUGCCAUGUUACUAGUGUGCUCUUUCUGUUAAAUGGUUAUUUGUUAUUUAUUUGACCAGAGAAGUCACAUUGAGGAUGGAAUAUCAAAAAAAUAAUCUGUAUAUUUAACUUAUUUGCAUAAUUAUUCUGUUUCUCUAUCUUCUUCGCUGUUAAGCGAGUUUAAAUGCACUUUGAAUAAAGUUUGAUUUGAUUUGAAUCCCCAGCCAGUCAGAAUGACUAUAGGAUCAAUGCAAACCAGGAACUGUUUGCUAUUGGUCUAACCAACAUCAUGGGAUCCUUCGUCUCAGCCUAUCCGGUCACUGGAAGUUUCGGAAGGUGCGUGUGCAUUAGUGUUGUCACGACAACAGUAUCAUGAUACUAGGAAAUAAAGAAGCAAAGGAAAUAAAACAUAUAGCGGACUGAAGCUCUUGAAACAGUCCUAAUGUUGGAAACAAACACCCAGAAUCCCAUUUGUUUCUUUAGCAAGUUAUACCACACAAUAUGUUACAAAAGGAGGUUUUAAAGGAGUUUAGUCUGCUUCCUGUUUUAUUUUUUGCCAUGGAAUAUCUGGUAUCGGAGUGUCGCGAUACUGGCAUCGUGACAACACUAAUGUGCGUGUGUGGUAUUAUAAAAUGUGUCUGUUUCCUGUGUAUUCUGUGUGUUUGUGUGUGUGUGUGUGUGUUAUACACACUAAUGUAUAAUCUGUUCAGGACUGCAGUGAACUCACAGACAGGGGUGUGUACACCAGCCGGAGGCAUAGUCACUGGUAAGACAUCAUUUCCUACAAAUCUCUCUCCCUCCCAUUUCUCUCUCUCUCUCGUUAUCGCUCUCGCUCCUAUCCAUCUCUCUGUCUCUCUCUGUACUGCGAUGUUGUUGUAGUAUUGUACAAUACUACACGACGUGGAUGGUAGCUGACGGGAGAGGACGUGUUUUUCUCUGGCUGGAGGUAAGUAGGUAAGUAGGUAAGUAGGGGUAAGCUACAUGUAGUGUUGAGUAAAGCUUAACCAUGUAUUAGAUCGUAGGUAGGUAGUUAGCUGUAGUUAGGUAUUGUAUUUAUUGUAGGUUAGUAUUAUUGUUGUUAUUGUAGCUUUCCGUGGGUAAUUUGUGGGUUAGUUUCGAGGCAUGAGGCUAGCUAGCUAGCGGGUAGCUAUUGGUAACGAUUAGCAACGCUGGAGAGCUGGUUCCAACGUUUAAUUAUUAUUAUUAUUAUUAUUAUUAUUUUUUUUUUUUGCUGCGUUGUGAAGGGAACUCGACACGGACUUGAAUUGUCUGUUUGGUGUGCUGACACACUCUUGGCAGUUUGUUGUGGCCAGGUGUUGAUGCUAAGUUGUGUGUUAAUGGAUGCUAGCUUGCAGGUUGGCUACGGCGUCAUAGCUAGGCAUCGUGGGUUGUUGUGGGUAGUUACUGUGUCUUGGCAGUGUCCUCGGCCGUGCCAGCUGUAGCACGAAGCUAGCUAGCUAGCCGUUCUUCAAACAGAGUCGACACAGUGGCCAUUGCUAGCUACCCAACAUGACCAUUUGGCUGUACUGUAGUAGCUAACCACAAUUUACUUGUCCUAGCUAGCCAACGUCUAAUCAUUGCUGCGUCAUAUAAGGAACUUGACACAGACACGAAUGAUCUGUUUAGUGUGAUAUCACAAUAUUGGUGGUUUGUUGUGACCAAGUGUUGGCGCUAAACGGUGUGUUAUUGUUAUUGGAUGCUAGUCUGCUAGUUGGCUAUGGAGUCAUAGUAGGCUAGCUGAACAAAGUGGGUUGAGUCUACUCCUUUAAACAUUGAACCGCUGUGGUUCACAACAAUUCUGAUUUCCAAAGGCGGAAGUUGGGAGAGUUUUUGUUCGGGUGGUUCAGUGAAACAAUUUUAGUUUCCGAGCUAGAAGAUUUGGUGAGGGAGGCCCUGCUCUCUCCACUCCCAGAUGCUUAGCCCAUUUCAUUCCGAUCUCCUCUGCAUUUUUGUAGCCAUUUGCUACAGCCUGUCAACUAUGCCUCUGCCUAUCCCUGUUCUCUCCUCUCUGCACAGGCUACACAAACGCACCACACCGCGUGGCUGCUGCCUCUCCAAUUUGGUGGUCCCUGCACGCACCACCCACGUGGAGUUCCAGGUCGCAGGCAGCCUCUGGAACUGCCGUUCUGCUGCCAACAAAGCUGACUUCAUCCCAGCCUAUGCCAACCUCCAGUCCCUCGACUUCCUGGCGCUGACGGAAACAUGGAUCACCACUGAAAACACCGCUACUCCUACUGCUCUCUCCUCGUCUGACCAUGUGUUCUCGCAUACCCCGAGAGCAUCUGGUCAGAGGGGUGGUGGUACAGGAAUCCUCAUCUCUCCCAAGUGGACAUUCUCAAUUUUUCCCCUAACCCAUCUGUCUAUCUCCUCAUUUGAAUUCCAUGCUGUCACAGUCACUAGCCCAUUUAAGCUUAAUAUCCUUGUCAUCUAUCGCCCUCCAGGUUCCCUUGGAGAGUUCAUCAAUGAGCUUGACGCCUUGAUAAGUUCCUUCCCUGAGGAUGGCUCACCCCUCACAGUUUUGGGGGAUUUCAACCUCCCUAUGUCCACAUUUGACUCAUUUCUCUCUGCCUCCUUCUUUCCACUCCUCUCCUCUUUUGACCUCACCCUCUCACCGUCCCCCCCUACUCACAAGGCAGGCAAUACGCUUGACCUCAUCUUCACUAGAUGCUGCUCCUCUACUAAUCUCACUGCAACUCCCCUCCAAGUCUCCGACCACUACUUUGUUUCCUUUUCUCUCUCACUCUCCUCCCACACUACUCACUCUGCCCCUACACAGAUGGUAAUGCGCCGCCGCAACCUUCGCUCUCUCUCUCCCACUACUCUCUCCUCUUCCAUCCUAUCAUCUCUUCCCUCUGCUCAAUCCUUCUCCCUCCAAUCUCCUGAUUCUGCCUCCUCAACCCUCCUCUCCUCCCUUUCUGCAUCCUUUGACUCUCUGUGUCCCCUAUCCUCACGGCCGGCUCGGUCCUCCCCUCCAGCUCCGUGGCUUGAUGACUCAUUGCGAGCUCACAGAACAGAGCUCCGGGCAGCGGAGCGGAAAUGGAAGAAAACUAAAUCCCCUGCCGACCUGGCAUCUUUUCACUCCCUCCUCUCUACAUUUUCUUCAUCUGUUUCUGCUGCUAAGGCCACCUUCUACCACUCUAAAUUCCAAGCAUCUGCCUCUAACCCUAGGAAGCUCUUUGCCACAUUUUCCUCCCUCCUGAAUCCUCCUCCCCCCCUCCUCUCUCUCUGUGGAUGACUUCGUCAACCACUUUGAAAAGAAGGUUGACGACAUCCGAUCCUUGUUUGUUAAGCCUAAUGACACUGCUGGUCCUGCUCACACUGCCCUACCCUAUGCUUUGACUUCUUUCUCCCCUCUCUCUCCAGAUAAGAUCCUGCGACUUGUGACUGCAGGCCGCCCAACAACCUGCCCGCUUGACCCCAUCCCCUCCUCCCUUCUCCAGACCAUCUCCGGUGACCUUCUCCCCUACCUCACCUCGCUGAUCAACUCAUCCUUGACCGCUGGCCAUGUCCCUUCCGUCUUCAAGAGAGCGAGAGUUACUCCCCUUCUCAAAAAACCAACACUCGACCCCACUGAUGUCAACAACUACAGACCAGUAUCCCUUCUUUCUUUUCUUUCCAAAACUAUUGAGCGUGCCGUCUUUAGCCAACUCUCUUGCUAUCUCUCUCAGAAUGACCUUCUUGAUCCAAACCAAUCAGGUUUCAGGACUGGUCAUUCAACUGAGACUGCUCUUCUCUGUGUCACAGAGACUCUCCGCACUGCUAAAGCUAACUCUCUCUCCUCUGCUCUUGUCCUUCUAGAUCUGUCUGCUGCCUUUGAUACUGUGAACCAUCAGAUCCUCCUCUCCACCCUCUCCGAAAUGGGCAUCUCCGGCGCGGCUCACUCCUGGAUUGCGUCCUACCUGACCGGUCGCUCCUACCAAGUGGCGUGGCGGGAAGCUGUCUCCGCACCACGUGCUCUCACCACUGGUGUCCCCCAGGGAUCGGUUUUGGGCCCUCUCCUUUUCUCCCUAUACACCAAGUCACUUGGCUCUGUCAUAUCCUCACAUGGCCUUUCCUAUCAUUGCUACGCUGACGAUACACAACUAAUCUUCUCCUUUCCCCCUUCUGAUCACCAGGUGGCGAAUCGCAUCUCUGCAUGUCUGGCAGACAUAUCAGUAUGGAUGACGGAUCACCACCUCAAGCUGAACCCUGGCAAGACGGAGCUGCUCCUCCUCCCCGGGAAGGACUGCCCGUUCCAUGAUCUCGCCAUCACGGUAGACAACUCCGCUGUGUCCUCCUCCCAGAGUGCGAAGAGCCUAGGCGUGACCCUGGACAACACCCUGUCGUUCUCCGCCAACAUCAAGGCGGUGACCCGCUCCUGCAGGUUCAUGCUCUACAACAUUCGGAGAGUGCGACCCUGCCUUACACAGGAAGCGGCGCAGGUCCUGGUCCAGGCACUUGUCAUCUCCCGUCUGGACUACUGCAACUCGCUGUUGGCUGGGCUCCCUGCCUGUGCCAUUAAACCCCUACAACUCAUCCAGAAUGCCGCAGCCCGUCUGGUGUUCAACCUUCCCAAGUUCUCUCACGUCACCCCCCUCCUCCGCACACUCCACUGGCUUCCAAUUGAAGCUCGCAUCCGCUACAAGACCAUGGUGCUUGCCUUUGGAGCAGUGAGGGGAACGGCACCCCUGUACCUUCAGGCUCUGAUCAGUCCCUACACCCAAACGAGGACAUUGCGUUCAUCCACCUCUGGCCUGCUGGCUCCCCUUCCUCUGCGGAAGCACAGCUCCCCCUCAGCCCAGUCAAAACUGUUCGCUGCUCUGGCACCCCAAUGGUGGAACAAGCUCCCUCACGACGCCAGGACAGCGGAGUCACUCACCACCUUCCGGAGACAUUUGAAACCCCACCUCUUUAAGGAAUACCUGGGAUAGGCUAAAUUAUUCCUUCUCCCCCCCCCCCCCCCCCCCCCCCAAAUUGUAAAGUGGUUAUCCCACUGGCUAUAGGGUGAACGCACCAAUUUGUGAGUCGCUCUGGCUAAGAGCGUCUGCUAAAUGACGUUAAUGUGCCCUUGAGCAAGGCACUUAACCCUAAUUGCUCCUGUAAGUCGCUCUGGUUAAGAGCGUCUGCUAAAUGACUAAAAUGUAAAAUGUAAAUGUAAUGUAAAUGUGUUUACUGUAUAAUACUGCAGUAUAAUGUAAUUAUUGUGUGGUGUUUGUCACCCCCUGGUGUUGAGGUGUGGUAGUGUAUUGUGUAGUAGUUAGUAUACUGUAAUGAAUGUGUGGUGUCUGUCUGGUGUUGAGGUGUGGUAGUUAGUAUACUGUAAUGAAUGUGUGGUAUCUGUCUGGUGUUGAGGUCUGGUGGUGCUGUUGUCCCUGGCCUUCCUGAUGCCAGCAUUCUACUACAUCCCUAAAGCCUCUCUGGCAGCAGUCAUCAUCUGUGCUGUGGCUCCCAUGGUCGACUACCGUGUUGUCAUACAGUUCUGGAGGACACGCAGUGAGUAGUGUGUGUGUGUGUGUUUUAAAUCUGUGUAUGUGUUUGUGUGUGUUUCAAAUCUGUGUAAAUGUGUGUGUGUGUCUCAGAGCUUGACCUGGUGCCGUUCCUGACCACCUUCCUGUUGAGUUUCUGGGAGGUGCAGUACGGCAUUGUGGGAGGUGUAGUUGUUUCUGGAGUCAUGCUGCUCUACAAUGUAGCCAGGCCUAGCAUAAAGGUACUGUGUGUGUGUGUGUGUGUGUAUAAUACUAUGGGCUGCGUGUGUCUAUGUGUGUGUGUGUAUAAUACUACGGGCUCGGUGUGUGUGUGUGUGUGUAAUACUACGGGCUGUGUGUGUGUGUGUGUGUGUGUGUGUGUGUGUGUAUAAUACUAUGGGCUGCGUGUGUCUGUGUGUGUGUGUGUGUGUGUGUGUGUAUAAUACUACGGGCUGCGUGUGUCUGUGUGUGUGUGUGUAUAAUACUACGGGCUCUGUGUGUGUGUGUGUGUAUAAUACUACGGGCUGCGUGUGUGUGUGUAACAUGUGUGUGUCUCUCUGUGUGUACAGGUGUCUGAUCAUGGUGUUCUGGUGAUGGAGUAGAUAGUGGUCUCAGUUUCCCCUCCAAGGACAUCAACAUGUAUUACAUCAGGCACUACAGGGUAAGAGGUGGGGUGUGGUGAUGUUUUUUGGAAGCGUAUGUUGGAACUUUUGUGGGAUGAAAUCGUUUCCUAGGGAGCUAAUCUGCCCCCUUUGGGCUUCUUACCAUUCUCCCCAAUUUUCCUUCCCCCUUUCCUCUCACCCUCUUAUUCCUCAGCUCUACCCUGGGUUUCAGUGGGCUGGAUGUAUCAUGUCAAUAGGAGACUAACAGUGUAAAGAGCUCGGGGACCGUACGAAUUUAAAAAUAGGGGGGGUUUGGCUCAUCUUUUGGGGACUGCAGUAGAAAAUGGGAUGUGGUUUCUGGGCCUGCAGGUUAGAUUGGUGAACCAAUGAUGAAGAAUAGACUGAUGGACUGGCGUCUCUCUUCAUUCCCCCUGUCGUGUUCGCCCCCUGCAUCUCAAGUUUGCGGAGCGAGGAGAGCGCGCUCGGCGUAAGAACGGGGGGAGAGUCGGGGGGGACGAGAGGCGAGAGAGGAGCAGGGAGGGGGGAGCGAGAGGGGCGAGAGGGCGGCGAUGGGGAGGGAGAGGGAGGGAGGCGAGACGAGGGAGAGGAGGAGGGAGAGCGAGAGGAGGAGGAGAGGGGGAGAGAGAGGGAGAGAGGAGGAGCGCGCCGAGAGGCAAGAGGGAGAGAGGCGGGGAGCGGGCGCGAGAGCAAAGGGGUAGGGGAAGGUAGAGGGAGGGGGCAGCUAGAGCAGAGGAGAGUAGGGAGCGAGAGGGGGGAGGCGAGCAAGAAAGGAGGGAGAGAGAGGGAAGGGCGGGCGACGAGACGGCAUGAUGCUUCGUCCUCUCCUCUUCUCUAGCGAGUAGCUAGGGUUUUCUAUUACUUAAUCGCGUAUCUCUGAUUUCACUUUUUAUUUUCUCUCUUUUUCUUCCCCCUCUUCAGUAUCGGUUCUUGAGGUCUGUUGGCAGCAGACCUGCCGGGUUUAGACACACCGCCAGUGUGGAGGGGCACAACAUCUAUUGGGUAACCAUCAGUGACUGA